AUCACUGUAUCCUGUCACUCAGUUUAUUGUUAUUUUUGCUAAAACUCCGAUGGACCGAACAUCUUCAUACAAUAGUAUACACGCACAGAGGAAUUAAUGAAGGACUUGUUUCGGAUAAUAAUCAGACAGGGCUUGGAAAUCUCACAAUGAGGCUAAAAUCAUCGAGGUUAGGUUACCUAUUACUUCAAUUUAUGACUCUGUGUUUUUACACUCAGAUGACCAUGCAGUCUGUCUCUGUACCAAAUUUUAAGCACCAUGUAACGGAGCAGAGUCGCCUGUCGGACAGGAUGAGCCGGCGAUUAACAAGGACUUAUCAGCUCUAUAGCCGGACGAGUGGUAAACAUGUACAAGUCCUGGGCAAUAAGAGGGUCAACGCCAAUGGCGAGGAUGGAGAUAUUCAUGCUAAACUUGUUGUGGAAACUGACACGUUUGGAAGCCGGGUUCGAAUCAGAGGAGCGAAAACAGGAUACUACAUUUGCAUGAACAAGAGAGGCAAGCUUAUUGGACGGAGGAAGGGCCGUGGAAGGGACUGCAUAUUCACUGAGAUUGUUCUGGAAAAUAACUACACGGCUUUGCAGAACGCCAAGUACAAAGGCUGGUACAUGGGUUUUACACGCAAGGGUCGACCCAGGAAAGCCACGCAGACCCGGCAGCAUCAGCGAGAGGCCCAUUUCAUGAAACGUCUUCCUCGAGGACACCUGUUAACAGAACAGAAGCCUUUUGAUUUAAUCCCAUAUCCCCCAAACAAGAGGACUAAGCACCAUCAGCGCACAAGCGUGAAUUGAGGACAGAAUCGUAUCUUAUACCGGAAUGCUAUCUUAAUUCGAGUUUAUCUAAUCCAUGUGCAUCCAGAGUUAGUGGACAUCACGCUGAACUGAUGUUGUGUAAAAAUGAAGGAGUCUGCACAGGCUCAGAUCUGAGAUGAAUCGCAGUACCAAGAACAGUUUGUUCUGGGACAAUUACUGAACUGUUGACUGAACAGAGGACACUGUAAGCCUUGUAAUAAUGAGCAACACAUCUCUGGGAAUAAAGCAAGACAACAGAACACACGACACACACAAACACUCUCAGAAAAUGCGCAAAAUUUUUUUAGGAGUACAACAGCUUGUCACUGGGGCAGAAUCCUUACGACACUACAGGCAAAACCAUUGUUCUGCUUCCAAAACAUGUUUAUUUCAGACCAGUAGUAAAAAAAAAAAUCAUAAAACAUUCACAUUUAGUUGUUACUUUUAUUACAGUUUAUCCAUUUGUUUCUCCAGAUAUCUUUAAAGCUGGUUUUCUCAAAAUGAGUUUUCUCCCCUUCCAUACACCAAACUUUGUACUUGUAUUCCUAUCUUUAUUCUGAAAGUUUGUUCAUACACCAUUCGCCUGAUUUAUAUGUAAAAUAUAUUUUUAAAAUGUAUAAAAUAUGGCUAAAAUAGAUAUCUUUUUGGCAGUUGAUAGUAUUUUCUGAUUUAUGGAGUGAUAAAAAAUCCCCUCUAUAAAAACCUUUAAUAUGUCAUCAAAAUGAAACAAGAAUUUUUCACUUGGCUUCUGGUCUAGAAAUGAAUGCAAAUAAUUGGAUUUCACUGGAUAUGCCUCAUUUGCAUAUUACUGCUCGAAGGCACUAAUACGCACCUUUAAAUGUAGGUAAGUUACAAAGUUAUCCCUGUAAGGAUUUCUGCCCUGGUCACAAGUUGUUGUACAAUUUUUGCACGCUUUAUUCUGACAGUGAACAUGGCAGCUACCUACUGAUGAUCCCAAGCAUAUGCAGAUACACAUUCCAUGAUGAUUCCAUGAUGUAUAAUGAUAUUAUCAAAAAGCAUCUUUAUCGUUUGUACAUGACUAUAUAUUUUUAUUGGAAGAUUGUAAGAUACUUCAAAAUGAAAAUAUUUAUUUUGAGAGCGUGUAUUAAAUUCAUGUAAAAGUAUUGAUUUAACAGGGUCUCGGGAUGUGUGAUUCAUUGACUCCCUAAUGCCUUUUGUGGGAACUUGAAAUUCGGCCCGUGAUUGAUUCGACUCCUUUGAGAUGCGCUUCUACGCCGAAUUUGCUUUGAAGGAGUCAGCGAUCAUUAGCUGACAGGUCGAAUUCUCCUUCUCUCAUAGAUCACGCUGUAUGUGUGUGGGCGCAUCAAGAACACGAGCACGACAAGUGUGGGUUAAAAUCGAAGGCCUCCAGAAACAAGUCGGCCAAAUUGGGAGCCAGUUUCUUUCAGAGUCAGCCUUAUUCAGUUGACAACAACAGCAGCUUGAGCGAAACCUCAAGGGCAUGAUCGGGUCUAUUCAAGAGGUAUACUUCCAGGACCGUAUAGCUGUUGUUAUGUUUUUGGCCCAGCAGUCGAACUCCCAGAAAAAGAGGCCUGAGCCUCAGAUAACUGUGAAGCAAUAUCUGUGACAGGCCGGUCUCGAUUGAAUGUGCUCAGCAAGUGAGACUGGGCCUUUGAAUAGCUUGGGUCUUUCACUUUAGAAGAGAUGAGGUCAACCCACCAUUGCCGUCCCAAACAAAGGUUACCA